AUGCCGCUUGUUGAACCGAUACCAGCCGAUUUAAAUGCUGAUGUCGAAGAAUUAGCAAAAUUUUUUAACGAAACACUUGGGUUUUGUCCAAAUAGCAUAUUGACAAUGCAGAUUCGUCCUGAAAUAGCUUGUGCAUUUAUUAAUUUAAAUAAAGCUGUUAUGACAAAUACUGGUCGUGUUACAUCACCAUUAAAACGUUUAAUUGGUUAUAUAGCAAGUGAAAAUGCCACAUGUUUAUAUUGUCAAGCUCAUACUAUUCGUGCAGCUGAACGAUAUGGAGCUGCUGAUGAACAAAUGAAACAUAUCUUAGAAUAUAAAACACAUCCAGCAUUCGACGAUAGCGAGCGUGCGGCGCUCAAUUUUGCUAAAGCAGCGUCAUCUAUUCCAAACGGUGUUAACGAACAAAUAAAACAAGAUUUAAAAAAGCAUUGGAAUGAUGGUGAAAUUGUUGAAAUAUUAGCUGUUAUAUCAUUAUUUGGAUAUUUAAAUCGUUGGAAUGAUUCGAUGGGUACAACCCUAGAAACACAAGCGAUUGACUCUGGAAAUAAAUAUUUAAAAAAUACAACAUGUUGGAAUGUAGGAAAACACGUCUAG